AUGUUAACUAUCAUUGUUUAUUAUUUCUGUGACUCCACGUUCCUAGUAACAAGUACAUUGUGGAGAGAAGUAGGGACAGCCUGUCCAACAAAAAUAGAAUCUCAGCAGCGGAGCAACAUACCAGUGGACCAUAGCAGAGUUUGUGGCAAAACAUAUGUGAUUUCAUGGAGACCCUUCCAGAAAUCCUGCCUUCACCAAGAACUGAAGCUGAUGGGUGAAUAUGCACUCCAAAACAAAUGUAAGAUCUGGAGGGCCAAAUUUGCUCUGAUGGAGAUCCACAAGGCUGCCCAGGAGCUGUUGGUGAUGGGCCAGGAACCUCGGCAUCUGUUUGAAGGCAAUGCCCUGUUGCAACAGAUCCUUGUAAGUUGCUGA